CCUUAGGAAAAUAAACACCGCACAGCCAUUCGGAGCGUGCGUCCCAGUAAGAGGGACCGAGGCACAAAGCAACAUUACUCGGCUCACUUGUACAUUCUGACAGUGAUUUUUGAGUGGCUAUGUGCUGACGCCUGACCUAAGGGUAAACCUGCUGGUUAUGAGUCAACCCAGUGUCGGAGUGGCCCACCAGGAUACCAGGAAAACUAUAUAUGGUCUUCAAAGUGGCAAAACCACUAGCAAUGGCCUCUGGGGACUUACAGACAGAGGAACCUAAUGACGAGGUCCCAGGAUCAACCAAGUCCCAUGGUACCAAGAAGAAGAAAAAGAGGACAAAAAUAAAAGACUCAGUAGACAACUCUGUUGCUGCAGAAGGCGAAGAAAAUGAUUCUGGACAGGUGAAGGCAGAGAUCGAGCAUCUUACAAAAGCGGGACAUAGGGCUCUGCUAUCUAGUGACUUCCAGGUGGCCCUGUCCUGCUUUAAAAGGGCAUUUUUGGUUUCUUUGGGCACUAAACUAAAAACUGUCCAAAGGGCCUGUGCUUUUAAUCUUGGAGCUGCCUACGUGGAAACCGGGAAACCAGAAAAAGGCUUGGAAUUUCUUCUAAAAUCCCAACCAAAAGAUGGAGAAGGAGAAGAACGUAUGGGGGACCUUAAUUUUAACUUGGGCACUGCUUACGAGGGCCUGAAGGAUUUUCCAAAAGCACUGGAGCAUUUUCGCAAAGCUGCCAAUCUCUACAAACCAACCCAGCUUGGGAACGAGGGAGACACCCACAUGAAGAUGGGAUAUUGCUACCUUAGCAUGAAGGACACUGCCCGCGCAGCCCAGUGCUUUCAGGAGGCAGGGUACUCAUACAUAGAGGCCCAAAGGAUGGACAUGGCAGCAGUAGCUCUUAACGAUGCUGCUAACUACAUGCUACAGAGCCAGAGUUAUGACUCAAGCCAUGUACUACAAGUUCUUAAUGAAGCACGCCUACUGUGUGAACAUGUUGCAAAGAAGGACUUGCUAGCCAAACUUCACAAUGACAUUGGCUUAAGUUAUGCGCAACUAAAGAUCUUUCCAAUGGCCGUAGAAUGCUUCCAUCAGGCUCUUCCUUUCUGCCAAGACAAUGGAGAAGACAGGAGAAAAGAAGCUGUGGUACUGCAGAACCUGGGAGCAGCCUAUAACACACAAGAACAGUUUGAAAAAGGCUUAGAGUACCACAAGAAGGCAGCAUCGUUACACAGUAUUCUAGGAAACCGCAGAGCCCAGGGCCAGUGCUUUGGAAACCUGGCUUAUGCUUUCAGCCAACUUGAGGACCACGAAGCUGCAGGCGAGAAUUACCUUCAUGCCCUACAAGCCUUCAAGGAUUCAGAUGAUAUCCAUGGGCAAUGGCAGGCAUGUGAGGGUCUCGGAGCAGCCAAAUUCCGCCUUGGAGAUGCUGAGAAGGCCAUUCAGUAUUACAAGCAGGCUCUGUCCUUACUCUCCAAAGCCAAGGAAUAUUCUGACACAACUCAGGAGCGGAUAGUGAAUAAACUGACGGAUGCCCUUCAGUACAAGCUCAGUGUGAACAGCCGCCUCUCCCACUGCGGUGGGCUCAAUGCAGCAGCCCCUCUUAAGUCAUUCCCCGGAAAGCUGCAAAAUACAGGCCUAGUACGAUUCUCUUCAGGGGCUGCUAUCGAAAAUACAAACCUACCUCAGGCGUUCCCAGUUGAACUCCGACGUGUGCAGGAGCCAUUUAUAAUAAAAGCUCCUCCAAUGGAACAUUUUGAUGACCCUGAAUCUUGCGAUGAAGCUGAAGAACCUGUAACGGAGAAUCCCACAAUGACAGAAGAAGAAGAAGAAGAAGAGGACAAUGACAAAGAAGAAGAGGAGGACAACAGCAGGGCACUGAGGAAUACUGGCAAGCAGACAACAAAAAUCCCAUCCCAUCCAUCAGAGAAUGAAGUGGAGGAGGAGGAGGACGACGAGGAGGAUGAUUCAAACAGUCUAACAAUGAUAACAAACCAGUACUCAGAGGACUGUGAAGAACCCAAUUCUGCUGGCAUCUCCCACUAUGCAAAUUACCCACAGGCCAACAGCAAUCUGAAUAAUACUUACUUGCGGCCUGAUCCAUUCUACCAGAACAGUCGUCACAAUGGGAUGUUGCAGGACACCCAGAAAAGUAACCAUGACUAUGAAACACUGAAGUUGAAGACCAUGGCUUUAGAGAGAAGCCAACGUAAACAAUCAGACGUCCCCCUUCAUAUACCCAGACCGGACCCUAACCAGAAGCCCGGGUCAGGGAAGCCUGAAUCUAGAAUGUGUCACAUAAUGUGAAAUUCACGAGGUGGAACAGGGUGAGUCGUGGACUUGGGCCAGAAAGAGAAAUCCCACUCCUACAGAAAUGCUUCCUCUACCACUUUAUCUAAUAUAAGACUAAGCCAUAGGAGGCAAUAAAAAUUCCACAGGCUUGGUGCCUGCUAACAAGCUAUUUGCACAUCCUCAUUGCACAUCCAGCUGGAAUCUCAGGGAAAUGUCAACCAACCAGCUGCCGCAGCCCCUGAAGAGGCACCUAGCUACAGAACCUGAUCAGAACCAGGCUAUGGCUGCCUAUAAGAGAGAGCUCUUGUAUUUCAUUAAAACAAGACCAGGCAGUACAUAUAAGUUCUACUUGGGUUUUGUUUGAGGAUGAUGCUUCUACACUCCAAUAGACUGUGCUUCCCACAGAGGUGGGUCUGAUUUUAAUUCAGAAAAGAGAUUGUAAUGGAUUUGAAUGAAUUCCACUCUCCAUUCUUCAAGGAGCUUAUGACAUUAGAAACCAAGUUCUGUUUUUGUUUUAAUUUCUAAGCAGUAUUUGGGCUUUUCACUCACUGGAGAAUAUGGGAGACAUUGUAUUGCAUAUUGUAUUAUUCUUGCUUACAGCAACCUUGAAGUAUACUGGGGGGGAGGGGCAAUUUUGCCAUCCUGCCUUGCAUUGGUUGUAAAGUUCAACUAACUCCCAGGGACUAAACAUUCCUAAAAGGCCACUAAACACUAUAGUUUCCAUCUUGAAUUGUGUAGGAGGGAAUACCAAUACAGGUAUAGUUUUAUGGUAUCAACCUGUACAGGCUAUGGACAAACUUAGGGGGCUGUUC